CCUAACAGCCACUAAUGGCGGGUAAACAGAGCGGAGUGUUGGUCAGCUAAAAGGUGUUCAAUGAUGCAUGGAAGGUUCUCGUCAUGUUCGGCAGCCAAUGGUCGUUGAGCUGCAGGGUCACGUGGUCCCGGUGCGGCACACCUGUGUAGCGGCGAGGGUCCCCUCCCUGCGAGUCGGGGCCAGGGCCAGGUCCAGGUGCAGGUCCAGGUGCAGGUGCAGGGCCCCGCAGAGCAGACAUGCAUCAUCGGGACUUGUACCAAAGUCCGUCCUGCGUCUACCAGAGAACACAAGACUGCAGCCCGCCGCCGUGUCGCUACAUGCAGCCCGGACACGCUUACACGCCGGCCUGCGCGCCACGGCUGGACACCUCCGACGCCAGCCUCGGCAUCCCGCUGCUGCAGAACCACCACAACCACAACCACAACCACCAGCACCACCACAACCACCUCCAGCACCACCCGCAGGCGGUGCCACCCGCCGCGACCUACGAGGAUCAGAGCAGGUCUUACCUUCCUUUCCCUUGGAUGAAGAGCACCAAGUCUCACACCUGGUCUGCAGGUGCCUACAUGAUGUCAGAGACGGAGGAGCACAAGCGGACUCGCACGGCCUACACCCGAGCCCAGCUGCUGGAGCUGGAGAAGGAGUUCCUGUACAACCGCUACAUCUCCAGACCUCGGCGCGUGGAACUGGCCCUCAGUCUGGGACUCACUGAGAGACACAUCAAGAUCUGGUUCCAGAACCGCCGCAUGAAGUGGAAGAAGGAGGAGGACCGCAGGAGGACCAGGAGGGGCCAGCCGGACCAGGACUCCUCCGUCACCUCGGGAGACCACCAGGUCACACCCCCCCUCUCCCCCCACCUGCACGCCCCUCUGACCUCUGACCUCAACAACUCUGCUGGACCCUGACAAGACUUUGGACUACUUCUGUAAAUAUGUCACA